ACUUUUGGCGAGUUUAUUUCAAAUCUCAGUUUACACCUUCACACUCCUCUCUCUCUCUCUCUCUUCAGAUCAAUCGCUGCGGAGGAGAAGGAAGCACCUGAGAUAAUGGCAGGGUACAAAGUGGAAGAUGACUACGAUUACCUCUUCAAAGUCGUACUCAUAGGCGAUUCCGGAGUAGGCAAAUCGAACCUCCUCUCCAGAUUCACCAAAAACGAGUUCAAUCUCGAGUCUAAAUCCACCAUUGGCGUCGAGUUCGCCACUCGGACCUUGAAAGUCGAUGAGAAGGUCGUCAAGGCUCAGAUUUGGGAUACAGCUGGUCAAGAAAGGUACCGUGCCAUCACGAGUGCAUACUACCGUGGAGCCGUUGGGGCGCUCCUAGUAUAUGAUACCACCCGCCGUGCAACUUUUGAGAACGUUGACCGGUGGUUAAAGGAGCUCAAGAACCACACGGACCCAAACAUUGUGGUGAUGCUCGUUGGCAACAAAUCUGACCUGCGACAUUUGCUAGCUGUUCCCACGGAAGAUGGGAAAUCAUACGCUGAGCAGGAGUCGCUUUGCUUCAUGGAAACAUCUGCACUUGAAGCCACCAACGUUGAGGAAGCCUUUGCAGAGGUUUUGACGCAGAUUUACCGUAUCACAAGCAAGAAGCAAAUGGAAGCUGGUGAAGAUGGGAACGGAUCUGUUCCAAAAGGGGAGAAAAUCGAAGUUAAAAACGAUGUCUCUGCUUUGAAGAAACUCGGCUGCUGCUCAAGUUGAAGUCUUUUUUUUUUUUUUUGUAAUCUGUUGUGAGUGAGAAUUAUAGCCACCCAUGGUCCAUUGUUUGGUUCUGUUGUUGUUUUGUAAUAAUAUUGACAUCUAUAUGAGUUUUAGACUAUACAUUAUAUAGUGUUUCUUUAACUUCA